CUGCGUUUACCAGAAAGGUUGGUUCUUAUGAAAAAAUUUCUUCCUUAACAUAAAUCUCACCCGAAGAUCAAUUAAACACAAUAAAGAAGGUUGAAUUCAUGUAAAUAUUCCUAUUUAUUUAUCCUCGUGCGGAUGUUUGUUGAGGAAGUCAUGCAUCUUGUGGAGCUUGGACCGUUAAGAUCAGCCAUAGUUGGUGGGGUCAAGGUUCUCUCAACUGAACAACGCAAAAGGUUGACCAUUGCAGUGGAGCUAGUGGCUAGCCCCUCUAUCAUUUUCAUGGAUGAACCAACCUGGGGGAUGGAUGCAAGGGCUGCUGCAUUUGUUAUGAGAACUAUUAGGAACACUGUUGACACAGGAAGAACCAUUAUUUGUACCAUCCAUCAGCCUAGUAUCGACAUUUUUGAAGCCUUUGAUGAGCUCUUUCUAAUGAAACGAGGAGGACAAGAGAUAUAUGUUGGUCCAUUGGGUAGCCAUUCUUGCCAUUUGAUCAAAUACUUUGAGGUAAGUUAUCCAAGUGAAAGAGAGCUUUCCUUUUUUGAGUCAAUGCUUGGAGUAAGUAAAAUAAAAGAUGGCUACAAUCCGGCAACUUGGAAUGUAUUUUGUUACAUCAAAACUGAUUUAGAGCUUGGAAAUGACACAUUCUCUGCAUUUUUUUCGUUUUCAUUUUUAAAAAAAACAGUGUAUUUCCAUAUGGUGGAGAUGGUACUACUGGUGUUGUCCUGUUGCUUGGACCUUGCAUGGUUUGGUUGGAUCACAAUUUGGAGAUCUCCAGAAUAAAUUUACUGAUGAAGAAACAGUGGAACAAUUCUUGAGACGUUACUUCGUUUCAAGCAGGAUUUUCUUCCAAUAAUUAUAGUCGUGAUUGUCGGGUACACUAUUAUUUUUGUCUUCACAUUUUCUUUCUCUAUGAACGAAUUCAACUUCCAAACGAGAUAAAAAAACGUUACCUGCUGAAGAUGUAUGAGGAAAGUUGAACAAGAAAGUGAUUAGUAGUAAAGGCAACACGUGAAGCAUUGUCUCCACUGCUCGUGAAAUGGGGAA